AUGUUCCCAUGUUCCCAGCUUCCCAUCUUCCCAGCUUUCCCAUGUCCCCUUCCAAGCUUUAUGAUGGUUGCUUUCCGAAAUAAUUCACGCUUGACGCUUGCUGACGACCCAAUUCCCCAUUUCCCAUUCCCCAUUCCCCCAUCCCGGCCAUUUCUUCCUCAAGGGACAAAAACAAGUGCAGAAAAAUCAGAAAGUCGGAAAACCCAACACAAGAAGAGGACACAAGAAGAGCAGGAACUCCCUCCGUCUUUAUCUUCCGAAAUCCCCAAACUUCUUCGUCCCCCUCCCCCCUCCCUCCUUCCUUCCCCCCUCUUUCCAAUCCAGAAUCAUACACACAAAACGAGCUUUGUGUACCAAAGCCAAUCUACUACCGCCAAAAAACACUACAAUCCCAAGCUUCUUCCCCCGCCGAGCGAGCUCUUCCCCAUUCAGUCUUCCUCGACCAAGAUCCUCAACCACCCUCGGUCCUACCAACUACACGCCACUACUCACUACUCACUACUCACUUCUCACUACUCACUUCUCACUUCGCACUACUCACUACUCACUACUACAACACUACAACUACACUACACUACUUAA